CGCUCCCGUACCACUCUCAUUACGUACUCAGGUGCGGCUGGAAGGCACAGGUGCGCAGUUGGUUUAGCGUUACCUCCACGAACGGCUGUGUACUUUUCCCCAAGAAAAUUUAACGUAAAUUUAUUGAAAAGGGUAGUGCUGUUUUUUAAAUCGAACAGGUAUACAGAGGUAUCAGGACAAAAGGUCCUCUGUGAAGAUUUGUGGGACUUUUUUUUUUGUCAAAGGGAACUUUUUUUCUUUUUACGCUUCUUCAGUCGUCUAGUUUAAAUCGCUCCUAGAGCUUUUCUGAAGGUCCGUCAAGACUUGAAGUAACACUAAACGUGUUUCUGGAGUGAAGGAGUAAAAAUGGCCAACUCGGGGCUGCAGCUCUUGGGUUUCGCUCUAGCGCUUCUUGGCGUUAUCGGCCUUAUUAUCGGGACCAUUCUGCCUCAGUGGAAGAUGUCCGCCUACGUUGGGGACAAUAUCAUCACGGCCGUGGCCAUGUACCAGGGAUUGUGGAUGUCCUGUGCCUUCCAAAGCACCGGGCAGAUGCAGUGCAAAGUGUACGACUCCAUGCUACAACUUGAUGGAGCCCUGCAGGCCACCCGUGCCCUAAUGGUUGUGGGCAUCCUCUUGUCCGUUGUGGGUCUGGGAGCAGCCGCAAUGGGCAUGAAGUGCACAAACUGUGGAGGGGAUGACAAAAUUCGCAAGGGACGCAUCGCCAUGACGGGUGGUAUCAUCAUCCUCUUGGGGGCUUUAGCCGCUGUAGUGGCCUGUUCAUGGUUUGCAAACAACAUCAUCAAAGAUUUCUACAACCCUUUCACCCCAGUUAACACAAAAUAUGAGUUUGGAGCUGCCAUCUUUGUUGCUUGGGCUGGGGCCUUCCUGGACCUGCUGGGGGGUGGCAUGCUGGCUGCCUCCUGUCCCAGGGGGCGGCCCAAACAAUCCAAAUAUCCUGUGAAAUCUACCCGCCCCCCCAGUAGCAGCAAAGAGUAUGUGUGAAUACCUGCAAGUUGCUAUAUGUGGAAUCCACAGUUGUCCUUCAGUCUCAUUUAGCCUGUGUAUAAUUCCCCCCCUCCCCCCAUCAGUUGUUUCCCCCUCUUUUUUGACUUCGCUGGAUCUCUGGGGCACUUUUUGAAAGGACAAAUGCCCAAUGUCCUUUCACAACAGACUAAAGUGGUCUUAACCACUGAGGGGCCUUCUUGUUUUAGUGAAUCACGGCACCUCGGGUGUCUCGCACACCAGUACUCCUUUCGUACAGGGCCACUGAGCUUCUGAACCACUUUUGUGCUUAAUGCAUAACUAUGCCACAAUCAUUUACUAAUGGUAAAUCCCUCACCUCUCACUGCAGGAGUGAGUCUACUUCAAUAUCCCUCAGCCAAAGCUUAUUUCUGACAGUUUCUUUGUUUACUCCAUCCUACUUCCCAUUGUGACUUUUUAGUGUCUAGUAAGUGCUAUUUCAUACCCUUGUGGCAUUUUAUUGUAUAGUUCCAAAAAACAAAAAAUGCUGGUCACCAUUGGAUUGGUUUGAGUCCCCCACAAGUUUCCCUUCCUGUCCCUGUAUGGCUGCACUCCGACAUGCUUAAGGCACCUGAGCAAUACCAAGAUGAGUGCUGACCCAGCACUCUUAUCUUGCUGGGUUGUCCGAUGCAGCUGUGCCAGCUGGGAGACCAUUUUACCCAUUAUCUCCAGUAUGUUUUUAUGGGGAUUAUGCCAUUUUAUUUUUUUUUUAAUUAUUGUGAAGUUUUAAAUAAAAGUUUUAAUGCACUGA